AUGGACGGGCUGGAGAACGUCGAUGCGUUCUUUGCGCGGACAUCGCCGCCAAGGCCGCAGGCCACACCACGCGCGCGCACGUCAAUGCAGGCGCUGCAGAACAUGGGCAGGACGCCAGAGCCCCAGGCCAGGGCUAAUGGUCUGGACACAGUGGAAGAGGAGUCGGACCAGAACACAGAAAUGACGGUGGAGUCGCCGACAGUGACGACAAGACGCAAUGCAAAUAGGCGGGCAACCAUGGUCACCAGCAGCAGUGACCUGGGGUGGAUGCGGGAGGCGCGCAAGGGGCGGCGGGCGACUAUGGCCAUGGCGUCGGUACGGGAGGCUAUGACGCCGAUGCGGCGGUCGCCGCGUACGCCGUCGGAGCAAGAGGAUGCGACGCAGGUGAAUGGCAGUGACGAGGAUGAGCCCGAAUUUGCGGCCGAGCAGGCUGGCGAUUACAGAAUAGAGGAGAGCGAAGAGCAGGUCGAGGAGGCAGAGCAGGAUUAUGAAGAGGUUGAACCAAUGGCCGAUCAGGAGUUCGACCAGGAGUUCGACCAAGGAGUUCGACCAGGACUCGACCAGGAAGCUGAUCCAGAAGCCGACCAGGGAUUUGGCUCGGACCUCGACACACAAGUCGAACACACCGAGCCACCCAUUCCUGACACUCCGGAACCAGAAUUACCACAGGAUCCCGCGACGCCAAAGCGGCGGGGACGGCCGCGCAAACCCGACAGCAAGCCAGCAAAGAAUGGCCAGGCUUUGAGCCAGGAAAAGGCAACUCGGCGCAGCUCACGCACCAGCGUGCAACCGCUGGCAUUUUGGCGCAACGAGCACAUCGAAUACGGAUACGAGCAGACGGAGUCGGGGGCGCACGUGCCCAAGGUCAAAAACAUCGUGCGUCAAACCAGCCACUGCCCAGUCUGCGCGGAAUCACCACGCGGCGAAUUGGAUCUGAACGACCGCAACAAGUUCUACUACUACGAUGACGAAAACUACGGGUUCCCCGUGUCCAGCGACCGCACGUGCAAGUUCGGCCCACGCGCCUCCAAGCACACGGCGAGUGUUGGUCAGAAGCGCGUGCGCGAUGAGGACGACGACAACGACGACAUUGCGUUCAAGCAGCAGCUCUGCCAGCAGGAGGUGGCGCUAGCCCGCAAUUCGGUCGAGUGGGUGCAGAUGAACGAUAGCCGCGACAAGUACCGCGUGGCCGUCGGCCUGUACGCCGAGUACUCCAAUGGCGACGUCUAUGCGAACUCGGGCGUGCUUGCGCUGCCUGUCGGUGGUGCCAAGCCCGUGCGGCAGUCGUAUGAGCGCACUAUGUUCUACCUGGUCACUGCUGGCAAGGUGGAGGUCACCAUCCGCGACGCCGUCAUGCAGGUCGGCAUUCUCGGCCAGUUCAUUGUGCCCAGCGGCAACUCGUAUGGCAUCAAGAAUAUCGGCACACACCCGGCGCAGCUGUACUUUGUCCAGAUCGGCGUUGACGACGCAGCGGCUAAUGGCGGUGCGAAGAUCAAGGACGUGCAGGAGGAGGAAGCGCCGGAAGAAGAUGAGGGUGAGGAGACGGAGGAGGCAGAUGUGGGCCAUUUCAGCGAUGUUUCCGAAGAGUUGUGA